AUGUCUUCUAAUACGCAGCAAUCCAAAAAAACGAAAAAGACGACUACAAAAAAGUCUGUUCAACAAACCGCUGGGACAGCAGCAAGCACAAGACAACGGGAAAUUCUUCCCAGCUUGACAGUUAGCGCAGAGCUAGAUGGUACUAAGGUCUACCACAACAUGGGAGCAACCAAUGGCCAGAAUAACAAUUCAAACCAUAGUCCCAUUGGUCAGGCUCUUACUACAGGAGAAUAUAUAAAGUACCGCCUUCCAACGGUUUCGAGAUUGAUCCGUUCUCAAACACGAGCAGUUCUGGCAACAAUGCCAUUGACAGUCAAUGAGGGCGCCUUCUCAACAUCCAACCGUCCCAUUGCUGAUGUAGUGCAGAGCUACACACAUCAGCAAGCUGAAGGCAAAAGCUUUGCCAGAAAAGAUAGCUCGACAAAAUCGGAUUUCUCGAUGCCGGUCCAGAAAGAGAAACACUACAAGGCAAUUCACUUAGCUGACAAGGCAAACCUUGAGUCUAAGUUUGGUGAGACUGUCGUUGACCUUCUGGACUAUGACAUGUUGUCUGAUAUUGAGUCAGAUGAGGAGAAAAAUAAAACUAGAUAUACUCCUAGAAAUAGACAUCUCUUGGUGGAUGAAUACUUUACUGUUUUGAAGAAACAGAGACUUGCUAACAAGGGACCAGACGUCAUUGGCAAUUCUGUCUAUCCAAUUAUUUUGAGAAACACCGAGUUAUCGAAUGAGAAAAAGGCACGUGUUGCUGCUUGGAUUCACACACGCCAACAAUAA